GUACACACUCAUCACCCCUAAUGUCAUCCGUGUGGAGAGUGAGGAGACAAUUGUUGUAGAGGCUCAUGAUUACACCAGUCCUCUUGAUGUUCUAAUUACUAUCUAUAACUUUCCCCUGAAGAACACCACGUUGACUACGACACAAGCCAGGCUAGAACCUCGAAAUGGCAUGGUGGUCUCUGCAAAAAUAAAGAUUCCAGCUCAUGAUGUGAAGAACAUCCAAAGUAGACAGUUUAUAUAUAUCCAAGCUUCCAGCUCCCAGUUCACCUUGGAGAACAUUGUUCGACUUUCUUUUGAAAUUGGCUAUAUCUUCAUUCAAACGGAUAAACCAAUCUACAAAUCUGGAUCAACAGGCAUAGGUGUGCUCCAUACUAGAGGUUCUAGGUUCAACCCUUUAACAGGAUUUGAACUCUCAGGUCUUGUACUCCUCCACUGUGGAGAAUACCUAUACCUGAAGAGUGCCAAUAAGGAGGAAAUGGGUUGGGCAGUGCCGCCUCCUGUAAAAUAUCGACUGUUCACUGUUGGACACACACUGGACCCCAAAACAAAGCCUGUCUCCAUAGAGAUUUUGAAUCCUGAUAGGAUUGUGGUUGAUAAGAGCUUGGCAUUAUCUGAAGAUGGCGGCAUCAUUACCAAGAACUACAGUAUCUCUGACAUUUCAGUAACUGGAAUCUGGAAGAUUGUUGCCAGGUUUGAAGAUAAUUUGCAGGAAACGUUUGCCACUGAAUUUGAAAUCAAGGAAUAUGUGUUGCCAAACUUCAAGGUGACCCUGGAGUCCCCUCAAAAGUUUUUUUAUAUUGACGACAAUGAACUGAUCAUUGACAUCACUGCCAGAUACUUAUUUGGUGAGAAUGUUCAAGGCCAGGCUUUUGCCAUCUUUGGAGUGGUGGUGGGACAUGAUAAGAAAAGCAUCACAGAAUCACUCAGCAACAUUCCGAUCAGUGAUGGAAAGGGACAUGCAAAGCUUACCAGACAAAUGCUGCAGAGCAGUUUCCCCAACCUUCACAAUAUUGUGGGGAACUCCAUCUAUGUAUCUGUGUCAGUACUAACAGGAAGUGACAUGGUGCAAGCAGAGAAAUCUGGGAUCUACCUUGUACGCUCUCCCUACAGAAUUCUUUUCCCCAAAGCCUCCAAGUACUUCAAACCAGGGAUGCCUUUCAGCCUUGCACUUGUUGUGGAAUACCCAGGUGGUUCCCCAGCCCCUAAUAUUCCUGUCUGCACUGUGACCACCCCAAAAGACUGCAGUGUAUCACAAGCAGAUGGAACAGCAUAUGUGGUUGUGAAUAUAGAAACUAAUGCUGCAUCUCAGCUGUCUGUAAUGGUGAAAACAGAAGUCUCUAACCUGCCUGAAUCCCGUCAAACCUCAGCUGUGUGGACAAUAUAUGCUUAUAAAACUCCAGGAAAUUCCAGGAAUUACCUCCAUCUCACAGCAGCAACAGGGAAACAGAAACCUGGAGACACCUUGUUUGUAUCCUUCUAUCUUGGUGUCAGCAAUCCUGUCACUGGAAACCAGAUCCGCUACUUCACUUACAUAAUCCUAAGCAAAGGGAAAGUGUUCCAAUUUGGGAGGCUGCCCCGGCAAGCAGGACAGAAUCCAGUGCUUAUGUCUCUGCCCAUCACUUCAGAUCUGAUUCCUUCUUUACGGAUUGUGGCUUACUACAAAAUUGGCAAUGACGAAAUCAUAGCAGACUCUAUAUGGGUGGAUGUGGAAGACACCUGCAUGGGAGUGCUCAAUGUCACAGGUGCAUCACAAGAUGACAACCUUAUACAGAGGCCACGCACCCACAUGAACCUCAAAGUGACUGGCAAUCCAGGGGCCAAGGUGGGCCUAGUGGCUGUGGAUAAAGCUGUAUAUGUUUUGAAAGAAAAGACCAAACUGUCCCAAGCGAAGAUAUGGAAAACUGUGGAGAAGAAGGACACUGGCUGCACAACUGGAGGCGGCAGGGACAGUGCUGAUGUUUUUGUGGGUGCUGGUCUGGCAGUGCAGACCAGUUCUGGCUACAGGACAGCUACAGACUGCCCUUCGUCCAGGUUCCGCCGUCGUCGCUACUUAGAUUUUCAGUUGGUGAAGAAAGCAAGCAAAGCCAAGGAAUAUCUGAAUCAUGUCCAUCGGAAGUGCUGCGAGGAUGGCAUGACAGAAAAUCCCAUGGGCUAUUCCUGCACACGACGAAGUCAGUACAUCCUGGAUGGCCCUGAAUGUAUUCGUGCCUUCCUUGACUGCUGCCACCACUUCUUUGGCAGCACAGAGGAGGAGGAGGAGGAUGAUGAUGAGGAUGAGGAGGAGGAUGAUGAUGAUGAUGAUGAUGAUGAUGAUGAUGAUGAAAUUGUGUCUCGAUCCCAAUUUGCUGAGAGUUGGCUUUGGAUGGAGGAAACCCUUCCUCUGGAGGCAGAUUUCAAUGGGUUCUCUUCCAAAACACUUCCUUUGUACCUAGAGGACUCCAUCACCACCUGGGAAGUGCUGGCCAUCAGUCUUUCCAAGACAAAGGGUAUCUGCAUAGCUGACCCCUAUGAGAUCAUGGUGAAGCAAGAUUUCUUCAUUGACUUACGGCUUCCCUAUUCCAUUGUGCGCAAUGAGCAAGUGGCCAUACGAGCUGUGGUGUACAACUAUGCAAAAUGGACUUUCAAUGUCCGUGUGGACCUGGUGUACAACGAAAAACUCUGCAGUUCCAGCACUAGGACAGACCGAUUACGACAGCACAUCACAGUUCAAGCUGGCACCUCUCACGAUGUUACGUAUGUGAUUGUUCCUCUGGAGGUGGGAGAUGUGGAAAUUGAAGUGAAAGCUUUUGUGAAGGGAAUUCCUUUGGCUGAUGGUGUGAGGAAGAAGCUCCGGGUGGUGCCAGAAGGGGUGAGAAUCUUAAAGAAUGUCAGAAGUGUCCUGCUAGAUCCACAGAACCAAGCUUCAGCUUCUGGACAGCAACUCGUGAACAUUGAACCCAUGGACCUUAGUGAUGUAGUUCCCAACACUGAGCCUGUUACUCUCAUCAGUAUAACAGGUGACAUUGUGAGCGAGACAAUAGAGAACUCCAUUGAUGGAGCCAACCUGAAGCAUCUUAUUCAGAUUCCCUCAGGCUGUGGGGAGCAAAAUAUGAUUGGUCUGACUCCUGCAGUAAUUGCUACCCACUAUCUGGAUAGUACUGAUCAGUGGCAGAGGAUAGGGGUGGAGCGCCGUGCUGAGGCCAUCAACAUCAUCAAAAAAGGAUACAUACAGCAGCUGGCCUACAGAAAAAGCGAUAGUUCCUAUGCAGCAUUCAUAGAUCGUCCAUCAAGCACUUGGCUGACGGCAUACGUGGUAAAGGUCUUUGCAAUGGCCAGUCCACUCAUUUCUGUUGAUAGUCAACUUCUUUGUGGGGCUGUGAAAUGGCUUAUUAAGCAGAAGCAACUAUUCACUGGUGCCUUCAAGGAAGAUGCUCCUGUGAUUCAUGGAGAGAUGGUGGGUGGAUCCCGAGAUUUGGAGCCAGAAGUGUCCCUGACAGCCUUUGUAGUAAUUGCUAUGCACGAGUCUAAAAAGAUCUGUCAGAUUCAUGUAUCGGAUUUGGACAUGAGAAUCAGCCAGGCAGGAGAGUACUUGGCUGGGAGACUGGAGACCCUGCAGAAGAGUUACUCCAUUGCCAUCACCUCUUACGCGCUGUCUUUGCUGGGGAGAAAUAAAGACGCCCAGAAGCUGAUUGACCAUUUCACAGGAACCCACUGGCCUGACCCCAGCUCCAAACUGUACUCCCUUGAGGCUACAUCUUAUGGCCUGCUGACUCUCCUCCAGAUCAACAGGCUUGACCUAGCCAGCCCCGUUGUCCGCUGGCUGACAGAGCAGAGGUUCUACGGAGGUGGCUAUGGCUCAACCCAGGCAACAAUUAUGGUCUUCCAGGCACUAGCUCAGUACCAGAUGUCUGCAUUAAAGAGCAGGCGUGACGAUGACUUCUUAGAUAUUACUAUUAUGCUGCCAACCUGCAGUGAUUCAGUCCACUGGCGGAUCCAGCACGAAAAUGCUAUGUUAACCCGGACAGAGCAGACUAAAAGCACUGAAGGUUUCACAGUCUCUGCCCGUGGAACAGGAAAAGGAACUCUAUCGGUCAUGAGAGUGUAUUACGCCCCUCUGACUGAAGACAUGGCUCUUUGCAAGAAGUUUCAUGUCACUGUCUCACUGACAAAGACCACUGUUAAGAAGCCAGAGGGAGCCCUGGGCUUGAGGGACAUGGAGAUCUGCAUACAAUACCUGGGUGACACUGAUGCCACCAUGACCAUUGUUGAUAUCUCCUUGCUGACUGGAUUCUCUCCAGAUAAGGAUGACUUACAAAAGCUAACAAACCAUGUUGACAAAUACAUAUCCAGGUAUGAAAUGAACAAUAUCCUCUCCAGCAAGGGUUCUCUCAUCCUCUACCUGGACAAGGUGUCCAACACACAGCAUGAGUGCCUGCGGUUUAAAGUACGUCAAUACUUUGAAGUGGGAAUAAUCCAGCCAGGAACAGUGACUGUUUAUGAAUACUACGCCAUGGAGAACCGUUGCACAAAAUUUUACCAUCCAAGAAAGGAAGAUGGGCUCCUGAGUACAUUGUGUCAGGAAAAUACCUGCCGUUGCAUGAAAGAAAAAUGCAGUUCAGUGAAGAAGAUCACAUCUACGCCCAGCAAUGCAAUGAGGAUGGAGGCUGCUCGUAAACCUGAAGUAGAUUAUGUCUAUAAAGGUUACCUGGAAAAAACUGAGCAGAAAGGCACGUACAUCUACUACUUCAUGAAGAUUGUGGAAGUCAUCAAGGAAGGAGCGGAACCAGCUGUUCAAGGGAAGAUCCGGCAAUUCAUUAGCCCUUUACUGUGCCAGGGGACCCUGGAGAUGCAAGUGGGUAAAGACUACUUGCUCUGGAGCCGCCGAAGCGACAUGUGGGACCUCAAAAAAGAAAUGGCAUAUCUGCUUACCAGCUACUCCUGGAUUGAGCUAUGGCCCACCAGCCAAGAAUGCCAGCAAGGGACCUUGCAAAUCUUGUGCCAAGAGCUUCAAGCCUUCAGUGAACACAUGAAAACAACCAGCAGACAAGUGAAAACAACCAGUGGACACAUGAAAACAACCAGCUGCACACAAUAAAAAAGAGGAGCAGCUGCCUCCUGUACUCUUCUGAGGGACAUCAGAAAGUAUAAUACAGCCACUUCAUUGUCAUAGCAAAAUACUGAACAUGCAUCAUCAGUAUGAAAUGGAAUAUGUUUUCAGAAUGGUGUCUCCCCAAGCUUGAUGUAAAUGUGUUUAAAGAGGCUGCAAUCCUCAAAUUGCAGAUGUAUUGUGAAUUGUAUAUGAAAAAUCUCUAAUUGAUCACUUUGGGCCAAACCAAAAAUGCAGCAUCUUUUGCAACUGCUUAGUCUAGUGAAAAUAGUUUCCUUCAGGUCAAAUUCGACUUAUGCAUGUAGCUUCUCCGCAGCAACAGAGGAGUGGUUGUCGGGCCACCUUCUGGUUUUUCCUGGUGGUCCAAACCAAAUAUUAACCAAGGUCAACUCUGUUUAGGUUUUGGAAACUAGCCAAGAUUAGGUAGA